AUGUUUGAGGAGGAGAUCCAGCACAAGGGCGUGAAGAGGAAGCUCUCCGAGGUCUUCAACGAGACCAAGGAGAACGUGAAGUACCUGCCGGGCGUGACGCUGCCAGAGCACGUGACCGCCGAGACGGACCUCAAGAAGGCAGUCAUGUAUGCAGACGUCCUGAUCUGGGUGCUCCCUCACCAGUUCGUGGCCCGAACAGUUCAGAACAUGGGCAAGAUCAAGGAGACCUGCGUGUCCGUGAGCCUCAUCAAGGGCGGCCUCGAGUUGGAGGGCGGCAAGCUGGGGCUUUGCUCCGACUUGCUCCGGAAGCUCCUGAACCAUGAGGUGGGAGUGCUCAUGGGCGCUAACGUUGCCAACGAGGUUGCCGCCGGCGAGUUUUGCGAGGCCACGCUGGGCAUUAAGGAUAAAAAGUACCAGGCACUCCUGUGCAAGCUGUUCGACUGCCGCACCUUCCGGGUGACGGCCACGGAUGACAUCCCAGGCGUCGAGCUGUGUGGCGCCUUGAAGAACGUGGUGGCGCUCGGCGCAGGCUUCUGCGAUGGCCUGGAGUACGGCGGCAACACCAAGGCGGCCUUGAUCCGCAUUGGCCUGCAGGAGAUGAAGACCUUCAUCCGCUACUUCUACCCCGAGGUGAAGGACUCCACCUUCCUGGAGAGCUGUGGGGUGGCGGACUUGAUCACCACCUGCUUCGGUGGCAGGAACCGGAAGUGCGCGGAGGCCUUCGUGAAGGCCAAGGGCGCCAAGAGCUGGGCUCAGAUCGAGAAGGAGCUGCUGGGCGGCCAGAAGCUGCAGGGCACCCUCACGGCCCUGGAGAUCUGGCCGGUGAUGCAGAAGCACAACCUGUGCGAGAAGCUGCCGCUGCUGACCACCGUUUACCAGAUCGCCUUCGAGGACCGCGCGCCCUGGAGCAUCGUGAAGCUGCCCUCUGGCAUGCCCAGCUCGGCCUUCCACAAGGAGCCAAAGGGCUCCACGGGAAUCUCAUUUUUCUUUGGACGAGAGCCCAAGGGGUGA